CGGACCACGUAAUAUAAGUGUAAUAAUGAGCAGGUUUUUUAAAAAAGUGUUCUUUAAUGAAGAAAAGCAUGUAACUGUUGAUACGGUCAGGUUUUCAAUAAGAAGGCGUUCAUAUUGUUAUUAAAUGUGAUAAAUAUAUAACAUUUAGUUAUGGUAGGAGCCCCCAGUGUCGGCGCUUUGUAACAGUAAGUCUUCCACCAUGGGAAAGUCUUCGGGUUUACACUUUGUGCAUUUUGUUUUGUUUUGUUUUAUUAACCUCGAGAGAAAAGCGAGAGGCUGGUGAGGGAAUGGCUAUGGAAGUCCAGAAAAGCCAUGCAUUAUUUCUUUCUUUUUUCUUUUUUUCUUGUGAUGUAAAGACAAAAGUUGUUUUCUUGAGAUCAUGUCUUAUUUUUCUCAUAUUUUGAAAUGCACUAUUGGGUAGACAUACUGUACAUCAGGGAGCAGCUCAACUGAAAUUAGUCGGCACAGUGGUAGUAUUACAGCCUCACAUCCCUAAGCUAUUGGGUUCAAUCCUGAGCUCAGGAGUCUGUGUGGUAUUUGACUGUGUUUUUCCCAAAUUUCUGCUUCGGGAUCAGUAAAGUCUGUCUGUCUUGCUUUAUGGUUCUCAGUGCUAGACCAUUUCCAAAUUAGUGUCAGUCACUUGAGAAGGCAACUCAGAAAUCUGCAGCUAUACCAUAGUAAGCACUUUAGUGAUCCUGAAUGGGUGGUCAGUUUUAUUGCCAGUCAAUUUGAGGGACUGGGAUGUCUCCAGGGUUAGACAACAGACAGACAGACAGACAUACUUUAUUGAUCCCAAAGGGGAAAUUUAGGAAAAAUAUAGUAAAACACCCCACGCUCAUCCAAACUCAGUAUCAAACCCACUACCCUAGGCUAUAAGGCCAUAACUCUAGCAAUAUAUCAGCUAGUUUCUGUUAAGGAGCUCCCUGAUGUAUAGUAUGUAUGACCAAUAAUGCAUUUUGACAUGAAAAAUAAGCUGUGAUCUCAAGAUCUCUCUUUUUUUUUUAUCUUCAGAUCACAAGAAAGACAAAGAAAUAACGCAUGGCCUUUCUGGAUUUCCGUAAAUGACCUUUUAUAGCUGCUAUAAUGUAAGUAAUAACAGGAACUAACUUGUCAUGAACGGUCCAUAAUGAUAAAUGUAACUAUAAAUGGCUAAAAAGCACAUCAUUCAUUACUGAAUUGUUAUUGUAGGGAGAUUGCUGGGGAUAUUAGAGGAAUAAAGCACUUUAGGUUGUGCUGUUAUAGGAAAAUGAUCAGCCUCAGGGUGUGGCCACAUCACACCACUCUUCAUUAGAAUUCUGAACUGUGAAAAGUCCAGAGCAAGGUUUUUCCAAAACUUUGCAUAUUUUUAUGAAUGUGCCAGUUUGUAUUCUUGAUCUUUAAUACAUGUGAGUGUGUACAGCUGGGCUUUUCCCUCCUCCAUACAUGAUCUGAAGGAGUGUGUGAGAAAUGUUCGUAGAUAAAGACAUUGCACGUCAGUACAGCGGAGGCAGAAGACUGGCGUGAUUGUGCACAAGCCGCUGAAUGACAGAGCAAGCGAGAGAGGGGGAUUAUCUCAUAUCUCACAUGUUGCUCUGGAUCAUUCCCCCCUUUGUGGCUGAAACAAUGACGGCUGAGGGUAGAAGGCUUAAAACUGCGAGGACGGGAUGCAAACACAAACACACAAGCGCUGGGGGACACAACACGCUUCCAAAAAGUGUUUGAUAUCAGUACAGGAAAGAGGUGGACACUACAGACACUGACAGAAGACGAUUAACACACAAUGUGUAUGUUUAGCCUCUAACACGCCACCUACAAGGAGGAGUGUGUGUGUUUUCUCAGCGUGUGUUAGGACUCUGUCCUGGGCCCAUCCUCCAUGCUCUACACUCUGGCAGGAGGAGGCACGGUGAGUGGCGUCGCCGCUCUCGUGCUCCUCAUCGUUUCCACAGCCACUGACUACUGGAUGCAGUAUCGCUACUCGGGAAACUUUGCCAAUCAGGGCCUCUGGAGGUUCUGCAUCAACAACAAAUGCCAUGCUCACACGCUCACUGUGGCCUUCUGGGAUGCCACGCGGGCCUUCAUGCUGCUGUCUGUGCUGAGCUGCUUCGCCGGCGUGGUGCUAGGCCUUAGUGCCUUCUCCAACAGAACCAAAAACACGAGGGUGAGAACUGCAGGAAUCGCUCUACUGCUGUCUGGUUUCCUUGCACUGUUAGCUUUGGCAAUCUACACUGGAAUGACUGUGAACUUCUUUGGCAAGCGCUACAUUGACUGGAGGUUCUCAUGGUCCUACAUCCUUGGCUGGAUCGGCACCAUUCUGACUAUAACAGCUGGCAUCCUCCAGAUUUGUGGCUACCAGAGGAGCACUGCUGAACCAGCACCUCAAAAUCCUCCAGACAGCUGAAUUUCUCCUGAGCAGUAACCUUCAGGCUGAGUUUCAACUCCUGCAAGAUGACUUCAGUAUCUGGACUCUUUAAAACAUAGCAACAAUAGCAACAUAUGAUCUGGCUGAAAUAAAGUAUUUUUUGCACUAUUUGGAUGCUAAGCUAAUUCUGUGUUGUGUGUGUUUGUGGAUUGUUUGGUGGCACAAUAUCCUCAUAGUGUGCGCUUAACACACUGUGUGUAGUCCAGCAGAGGGCAGCAGUGAGAAUCUCAGGUCAUGUCAUGGAAGUCUUUAUAAAUGUGCUUUUCCACACCUCAGGACCGCACACAAAUACAUAGACAUUUUGUGUAGUUAUCUGUAAGGUGUGCGAUAUAAGAAUGUUCAUCAACAAGCGGACAGUGCCGUAGAUGUGAAGCAGCACUCUUACAGAGCUGUUUUAAAUUGUGCUCAUUUCCGCAUUCCGGCUGAAAUGCACAGCUCUGUGCUGAAUAUUUCUAAGACAAGAUAAUUGUUGAAAUGUGAAUGUUGUCUUGCUUUCACAAUAAUGUUGUAAAUGAAAGUAAAACCAUUAGAAUAAAGUCAGCUGUUAAAUAUUUUUCUAUAGGUGCUUGACAGCUGAGUCUAUAAUGGGAUAAGAACCUCUGUUAGCUGUAGGCGUUUGGUUAAUGAAAGCAGUAAAUCAAAAGUGUCAUUUGGAAUACAAAAAUAGAUCACCAGGAGGAGUGAUAGGCUGAGUGACUCAGAGUGAAGGGUGCUGCAUGUAAACACUGAAAUGUGACUUAUAGUUUAGGCCAAUCGACUUAUAGGUGUUCGUCAAUCCUGGUCCUGGAGUACCCCUUUGCUAUAUUUUCCUCAUCUAACACACACACCGGAGCCAGAGUUUAGGUAUGUUACUUGGCUCAUGAGUAAACAUAGUAAACAACACAUCCUACUCAUUACCAGCUUAUAGUUACAGUUGUGAAACAGGGGUGUCCAAAGUCUGGCCCCAGGGCCAGAUGUGGCCCUUGGACAGAUGUUAACUGGCCCACGGCUUCUCACUUGGAAUGUUGAUAGGUGGUGUGCAGGCCAGCACACUGCAAUUUUACCUUUCAGCAGACAGUAUUAACAUGCUUAGCUAAAUUUCCCCCUCUGACUACAUCUGGAAAUGAAUUUACUGAAUGAUAUUGAGUCAUUUGGUAGCGUACAGUGGGUACAGCUCGAAGUUCACAUUGAGAAGGACAACUUGAAAAACACUGGAAACAAAAAUACUUUUUCUUUGAGAACCAUAUCAAAUGCAUGUGCCUUAUACAUCAAAGAUUGCUGGGGUAAUUAAGGAAAUUAGUAUCAUGAGACAUUAUGAAAUAAAUCAUGGGCAAUGCAAAAAAAAAAUUCACAGGGUGAGAGGACAGAGAAACUGGAGAAGCUGGAAGCUGUCCUGGCAGAAGCAGCUUUUUAUCAGUGCAAACGGGUGCAGAACUUUACUAGAGCUAGUAAGUGGCACUGAUUCCUGGCACUGAAUCCUACCACUAAGCAUGGAAACGCUUUCAUGACUUCUUGAAAGAGUCCUUAACUAAAGUGGAUUUGCAUCCAAGUAUUAAAACUGACAAUUUAUGAUUAUUUUAGUUUGUUCAAUUACUUGUGGUCCCUUAUAAAAGGUUAUAUACAUAUAAAAAGUUACGUAUAUAGAGGCUAGUUGGUUAGUUCUUCUCACUCUUGAAUAAGACAAAAAUUGCAGCUUGUCAUGUUAGAACACGAAACAAGUCCUUAAGAUGUUAGAAAACUUACAGCUUUACCUCUAAAAGUACUGACACUGGAGACUCCUUCCAUAAUUGCUAAAUAAACGUCCUCUUACAGAAAACACCACCAUAGCAAUGUUUUUUCUUUGUUAAAUAACAUUUUUUAUUUGUUUAUUAUUAGUCUUGCCCAUCAUACAAGUCUCUUUGUUAGUUAGCUGUUACUACAGAAACGGUAAUGUAUUAGAAUAAGCGUAUUAAUAUAAGCAUAUAAUUUGAAUUAUAGCUGGAAUACUGUCAGAGCUGCUGUUAUAAAAAAAUUAAUCAACACUAGAU